AUGAUCGUAGUGCAACUUGUUAUUACUGUCCAAAAAAUUGGAGUUAUGGACAAUUCAUUAUCAAAUAAUCAAGAAAUUAUUACUUCAGAAGUUGUUGAACGAAUCAAUAAUACUCUUACAAUUUCAGAAGUUGUUGAUCUUAUAAUUUUAUCAAUUGAAGCUAAUGAUCAAUUGUGA